CCGCUGGUAAUUUUCGACUGCAAUCAAAACAUCGGAGAAGAUUCGCAGCAAAGGAGCCGUUAACUUUUUGGCAACCAAACGUUGAAAAAUAAGUUUCUCAUCGAAAAAAAAAAUGAACUUCGAUCGAAAACCAGUAGGAUAGUAGCUCGAUUUGCUGUGGAUAACGAUGGAUGACAUUUCUCUGAGGAAACGACAGCUGGACGACAAACUAGCUCAGGAGAAAAACAUCUUAGCUUUUCUCAAAGACAGCUUGGAAAAGACUGAUCAAAUUACAGGGAACAUGCUUGAUAUCUUGUCCAAGUUUGAGGUGCGCAUACAUAAACUGGAAGACACCAUUGUUCCUGUUCAUCGGGAAACUGAUGACUUGCAAAGAAGACAAGCUAAUAUUGAUAAAUGUUUGUCGGCAUUGGAUCAUGUGAUUAGUUAUCACCAUGUCUCUGCUAGUGUGGAACAUGUCAUCAGAGAUUCCCCCACUGGUCAACUUGAAGCUUACAUUAAAAAUCUUGAAAGAGUACUAGAUGCAAUUGAGUUCUUUAAUCACAACAAUCCUAAUUGCAUGGAACUCUCUAGCCUGACUGCUCUGCGUGAUUAUGGACGUGACUCACUAGAGAAAGAAUUCCGCCUGAUGUUAAACAGGCACAGUAAACCUGUUCCUGUGGAGAUGAUUGUGGAACUGGUGGAGAGUGAGACAGAAAACUCAAAGGAAAAUGUCAAGCUAGAGCAUUUAUCAGAGAAAGUUUUGGAAGACUUAUGUACCAUAACCCACUGGCUGAAUGGACCUGGAUAUGAUGAAACUGUGGAUUUUAUGAGUGUCUAUGCCCAAAUCAGAUCUAAUUCCCUUGUGCGAUCUCUACAGGGGUUAAAAGAUUGUUAUGGUAGCAAGAUGAAAACUGCUCCAGGUGGUAUAACCACACCCACCAGAAAAGGAACAGCUAAAAGAAGAGAAGGCUUGCGUCGUGUUCCGUCAAAGUCAGAACAUCAUGGUCUUCCUCGUCGUACCUCAGCCAUCCCAACAGAGGUUGGAGCUUCCAAAGAAGAAGAAGAGGAAAUUGAUGCUGCAAACUACAUUGUGUUUUGUAAAUCUUUGCUGAGACUCAUACAGAGUGAACGAGAGCUAAUGAAGAGCAUCAUUCCCGAGCAGAGUCAAAGCACCACUUUUGAUACACUUAUUCAGGCCGCUAUGGAGGAUUUCAUUGCCGAAGGGGAGUCCAUCAUAAGUAUCCUGAAGCGACAUUUUGGCAAGCACAACUACUCCGCCAUUCAGCAGGUGUUUCCAAUACUUAAGGAAUUCAAUGCUAUUCAACCUGAUUUCUACGUCACACUGCAGGAGACAUUUCACAGAACUCAAAAACAGUUCCCAACUCUAAUUCAUGAAUUGGAGUCCUUGUCUGCCAAGGCCUUGGACGAUUUUAAGGAGGGCAUUAAGCAAAAUCCUGACAAACAUUCUAACAUGCCAAGCGAUGGAACAGUUCAUGAACUCACUAGAAACACACUUAUUUUCAUGGAACAGCUCCUACCCUACACUGAAACAGUAGGAAGCAUGUUGGUAACUAUGCAAGAGGACCAGAGCGGAAAUUUCUUCACAAGAGAAAGAGAACUCUUCGUAAAGGUUGUCUCUGAAUACAUUCAACGUGUACUUGGGGCACUGGGUCUGAAUCUUGAGCUCAAGGCAACAGUGUACGAGGCACCAACGCUUAGUUCUCUCUUCCUGCUGAAUAAUUACAACUACAUAGUAAAAGCCUUACAAAGGUCAGGUCUCCUCACUCUUCUUCAGGAGGGUGGAAUUACAGGGGUUGAAGAUCAAUACCAGCAGUUGAUCGCUGAGCAUAAAGAAACCUAUCAGAAGUGCUGGAAUAAAGUUCUUACUGUUUUAAUGGAAGUGGAGAAACCAAUGUCAGGUCAUAAAGGAAAUGAUCCACAGGCCAAGCUGAAAGAUAAACAGCGACAAAUGAUAAAGGAUAAGUUUAAGGGUUUUAAUACAGAAUUUGAAGAGCUUUAUCAGAUACAGAAAACCUAUGCAGUCCCUGAUACACAGCUUCGAGAUCAACUGCGGGGUGAAAAUGUGAACCUUAUUCUACCCCUCUACUCUUCAUUUCGACAAAAAUUUGCUAAUUUACCCUUUACAAAGAAUCCUGAAAAGUACAUCAAAUACUCUGUGGAGGCUGUAGAAGUCAUGAUGAAAAAGUUCUUUGAUGUCUCGGCAUAACUAUCGUCAUGUUGCUAUACGUAUUCAAUACCAAAUAUUGAUGGUGUUCUGUUUUUUUUAUUCUUUUAAUUCAAGUUAAUGGCAUUUAUCGUUGCUAAAGUACAUUUAAAAGACAAACUUUGUUGUUCAUAACAUUUUGGAAAGUCAUUUUUCCAGCUGUCGUGCGAAAACUAACCCAAAAAUCCGUCCUUAAUGCCCUCAAAAAACAGAGGAAAAUAUAUCACUUUGUGAAAUGAAUACUAAUGAAUACUGAUAUAAACAUUGAAAGAAGGUUCUAUAAUAAAUCAUAAUUAACAGGUUAUUCAGGCUGCCUUUCCCACUUCACUGAAUUUCAUUAGCCCUGUAACCCUCAAGAUCUGAUUAUUGAUUCUUCCCUUUAGCUGCUACGCAUUUUAGUUUCGGGAGUUUGGUAGUAGAUCAAGAUAACAUCUUCCUAAUACGUUCGAGUAUUCUCAUCACUUGUUUGCGGAAGGCCGAUCACAUCUGAGAGAUAAAGGGUUUACAUCAAACGAGAGAAUUGAAGUGUUGCAGUACAUUAGUGGAUAAAAAUGUUUGUAUUACAAGGCGUAAAAUUCAAUCGGUUGGAAUCGUCAAAAUAGACCUGUUAGCUUUAAGUCAGCUUUUGAGUCAGGAUGAAUUUCAUGCUCAAAGAAAGAUAUCGUCCUCGCGUUCAAACAUGCUGAAGAAGUUCCUGCCGCCUUCACAUUUGCUACUCUCUAAAAACCUGAAAGAAAAUCAACAUUAGGAUUCGAACGCAUGCCAUCUAAAUCCUUUACACACAAAUAUUUGUAACUUUAAACUUUAAUUUUUUAACAGGUAUAACUUGAUGUACUCCUG